CAGGCAGCACGCUCAGUCGUCCCGGCUCACUCGAUCCAGGAUGCGCGUCCUCUGCGGUCUUCCGCUGCUGCUGGUCGCAGCUACGGCCAAUGCGCUCCUGUUCGAACUCGUGCCAACGUCCCGUGGCAGCGGCAGCGCCGUCUACAAGGUCAAUGGUACCGUAACCCUCAAGACCCUGGAACUCGAUGUUACCGAAGGCCCCGCACUCACCUACGAAGGAGACCUCGCGGUCCAGAAGCUCACAGAAACCGACUACGUCGCCAAGUUCCUCAAUUUCACACUCGUGAAGUUCGACAAGGUCCUCGGAGACGUGCACCACUUCGAGCCCCACUAUGAGUCGAGCCUGUUCGGCCAGGAGGUGGACUACUUCCAGUACGUCCAGUACCCCGUCUGGUUCUCGCUCAAACAGGGCAAGGUUGUCGAGUUCGGCGUCGCCCAGGAGGUGAGAGAGGGAGCUCUGAACGUGUACAAGGCCGUCCUGACUCUGCUCCAGAGCCAGCCCGAGACCUUCCAGGAGUUGCCCGCCGUGGUGUCCUACUACGAGGACGGAGUGAGCGGAUACUGCCGCGUCAACUACGAGUUGCAGUCCCUGGACGCUCACGUCUACACCGGGGUCAACGUCCUGAACGUCACCAAGACCAAGUACCUGGACGACUGCAAGAAGACGCGUCCCGUUUACACCGUCGACUCUGUCGAGGUACAGGGAUACCCUCCCCUGUGCAACAAGCACCUCCCGAACAACUUCCUGCCGGGAUACCAGGAAGACACCGCAGAGUACGAGGCCUCUCCCACCGUCGGAUGCCCCGUUGGCUACAAGCCCUUCGACACCCUGGUCACCGCUCACGAGGUGUCCUACUACAACCUAAGCGACAACGUGCUGGAGAGCGCUUACACCGAGAGUUUGGACGUCCUGAACGUCUUCACCGGAAAGGUCGUCGUGAAGACCCUCCUUAAAGUAUGGCUCGCUCACGUCGAUGGACCUCAGCUCGAAGAGUUCACCCCUGUCCAGACCUAUCAGACUCUUGAACUUGUCCUACCCGAGACAGCCCACCACUUCGACCUCCCGGUCUACAGCCUGCUUGUGGAAACGCCCGAAGAAGUGUCCGUUGAAGUUUUCCAGAGGGCCUUGACCACCGUCGUCGACGAACUUGUCUCCCUGGAAGUCGAGGAUGAGACUGUGGAGCCCAAGCAGACUCCCGGCCUCUUGCUUCAGCUUGUCAAGACCGUUGCCGUCCUUAACCUCGAACAGCUUAAGCAGACCGUUCCAGAAUUCCUGCAGAGGCCCGUGCUUGAGCUCGCUCCCCACGAGCAGGUCCACAGGUCCCUGUGGGUUGACCUCAUCGGCAAGGCAGGCACCAAGUCUUCCCUGGACCUUGUCUUGUACCUGCUCCAGCAGAACCUCUUGACCCGCAACGAAGCUGCCCGUGUCCUUCAGGACGUCGCUGCCUUCAAGGCCUACCCCGAGAAGGAGACAAUCGAGAAGUUCCUGGAGUUCGCCCUGGGCCAGAGCCAAGUCCUUCCCCCUCUUGUCUUUUCCACGCUCUUGCACACCUUGGGCGAGCUUGUCAACGAGGCCUGCCCAUCUGAGGUCGAGUACCCCUCGUACGAGGAAGGAUACCUGGUCGAAGUUGAGCAACAUGCUCCGCUUCACAGGCUUUAUCUGCCCGUGGGCGCACAGUGCACUGUCCAGGACCUGAAACAGUACGUUCUGACCAUCAGCGAGGCACUGAAGCAGACUGACGACUUCAAGAAGGUCGUGGCCUACCUGCACGGCCUCGGCAAGUUCGCCAAGCCCGAGGUCCUGCCCGUGCUGCUGGCCUACGUGAACGGCACCGCCGAGAACCUGUACAGGCUUGUGAGCCAGGACGAGGACUACCUCGAAUCCGUCUACUUCGUGAAGAAGGCCGCUCUGCUCGCUCUUGAUCACGUCGUCAAGUACUACCCGAAGGAGGUGAGCCCGCUCGUCCGUACCCUGGUGCUGAACACCACCGAACCGACCGACCUGAGGACUCUGGCCUUUGACAUCUGGCUGAAGACUGUGCCCGCCAAGUGGGACCUGCAGCAAGUCGUCCUCGCUGCCAAGACCGACCUUAGCCUCGAGUUCGGAACCUACGUGUACACUGCCCUCAAGUCCAUCGUCAAGGACAAGCGCCCCGUCAACAGCCUUCUGGCCAGCCGUGUUCGUGGAGUGUUCACCCAUCUCAAGCCUCAUGACUUCGGCUUGAGGUUCGCUCACCUGUACAAGCACACGUACUACAACGCCGAGCACCUCUUCGGUCUGGAGAGUCUUUUCAAGAAGGUUGCCACCAACACCUCGUUCUUCCCGAGCUACCUUUCUCAUGGAAUCAAGUACAACCUCGGCCCCUACUUCAAGACUCUGCUCUCGGGCAAGCUGUUGCUGAAGGGAGGCGAGAAGGUUUUGGACGACGUCUUCGGACAUGAUGGUCUGCUCACCAAGGUGGUGCUGGCCCUUCAAGGAGAGUUGGACACCUCCCCCAGGCACUUCGAACACCACACCCGCGAGACCAGUCUUUUCAAGGAGCUGAACGUGGAGCCACGCAAGGUGGAGACCCCCAAGGCCGUCCUGCUCUGGCAGUUCCUGACCGGCGAGGCUGUCCUCCCAGUCGACGAAGAGCUCUUCCACGAGUUGCAGAAGGAGCUUCUUGAGCUGGUUCACAAGGUCGGCCAGGAGGGUCUCACCUACCACUUCGUGCGCUUGGUGCUGCCCAAGCAGCUGUACCAUGUCGAGCCCAGCCCCGUGGGUCUGCCCGUCGUGCACACCAUCCAGCACCCAGUCCUGCUGUCGCUCAAGCUCGACAAGCUUGCCCUCAGCCUGCAGACCGCUCCGGGAAGCCUCCUCCCAGUCAGCGCCAAGUUCACCGGAACCGUUCACCCGAGCCUCUUCACCACGAACCAGGUCCGCGUGUUCGUGUCCGACCUCGUCGGUACGCCGUCUCCCACCGUCGUCCUGACCGACACCAAGGAGCUCAACUUUAAGCACACCGUGGAAGUGGAGUACAGCAAGGAAGACGCCCAGCAGUUGCAGGUGUCUGUCAAGCCCCACUACGGACGCGUGUUCCUCAGCGCCAAGUGCACGGAGCACGUCUUGACCACCAACAAGAUCUUCGAGCCUCUGACCACUCCUUUCCUGGAAUACAGCAAGUGCAUCAAGAGCAUGGCCGUGCCCUACACCUACGAGAAGACCUACGGCGGCGAGUUUCUGAACGUGGAUGUGAGCGCUGUGAGCCACCAGCCGUGGUCCAAGCCGCCGCUCUACAAGGUUCUUCCAGAAGGUACCACUCGUCUGGACGCCCUGCUGCAAUGGAUCUCAAGCAAGACCUACAAGCACACCGUCCUCAGCGUUGACGUGAAGCCAUACGCUGCUGACCCCGUGACUGAGUGGACCGCCACCUUUAAGUACCAGAACAACCUCAAGGAACUGGUUGAGGCGACAUUGCACCAGGAAGAAGGCCUGUACCCAGAGGUGAACGCCGCCAAGGAGGCCAGCUGGUUUGCUAGGGUUAACCCCUUCCAUGGCAAGAAGCACCACCAUGAGCAAGAGCACCACGAGGAGGAAGAGCAUCACUGGGAGUUCCCGGCUCAGUACGUGGAAGCCAUUGAGGAUUACGAAGAAAUCUCUGGAAUGCCGAUUCUUUCCAAGGUCCGCAAGGCUCACCACACCCACCACCACACGCGCCACCACACGCACCACAAGUCGCAUCACAAGACACCCAAGACGCAUCGUACCCAGUACAAGUGGACCGUGCCAACGUUCUUGAACAAGACACACACCAAGCACGCUCUUACGGUUACCUUGGAGGGCAAGGACGGUGGAGCCGUCAAGAAGGGAGUCCAGCUCAACUACGUUGGCCUUCGCACCCUAGACAAGUCGUCCAGGAAGCUCUACCUCGAUGUGGAGACCACUUUCCUUCCAAAGUUGUCUCUUUUCCUGAACGUGACUCACCCCGUCGUGCCAAGCCCCUUCUACUAUGUGCCUUCCUUCCUCGGAAAGGACGUCGCUAACGCCACCCUCUACAUCCGUUACGGAGACGACCUCACCAAGCCCAUCGUAGUCACCUACAAUGCCACCAAGACUGAGGAGCAAGUCCUUGGCGUCCACGGAUACGAUGGCGCACCUCUCCUGAAGUGGUUCGUGCCCCAGUGUCUUGAAGACCAGCACAACGGAUUCGCGGUCAGCUACGCUUGCCGUCUGGCAACCACCUUCGACGCCCACCUCAACCACCAAGUGGUUCACGUUAAGGUGCCCCAGCACUUUGCCGAGGAUCUUGUCCUGAAGAAGUACGCCUUCAAAUCCCUCAACUACCUGAAGUACAAGCUGUUCCCCUACGUCACCUUCCAAGCCUUGCCUCACUUGACACACCAGGUCGAGCCCGAGUUCACCCUCUACUUCAACAAGAGCCACGUCAACCCCUUCGUGACCGUCGGCUCCGGAGUUGUCGUCCUGCCAGGAGAGAAGCUCACCGUCAAGAACCUCAAGGUUUCCGAGUUCUACUCGCCCAACCUGCUGCUGUCCGGCUAUGACCGUUUCCUGCAUUCCCACUACAACGGCUUCCCUUACUUGCCCUGCGGCGUUGGCAAGAACUACCUGCGCACGUACGACAACGUGAGCUACCCUCUUGAGCUGAAGGACGAGUGCAAGUACCUGCUUACUGGAGACUGCACAACCAGGAGCGACUUCUCGGUCGUCCUUGAACCCCUGGACCUCGAAGUCGGCACCAAGAAACUGACCCUGCAACUGUUUGACACCGUUGUUGUGCUCCCACCGCCCGACCUGUACAAGGCCGAGGUUGUCCUGACCGUCAACGGCACCACGUACGUGGCCACCGAGUACAAGGACGUCGUGCUGCCCUACAAGGCCUACCACAAGCUUUUCAUUACCGUGUACCCGACGAGCGGACCCCACGACCCUCCUGUGGUCCAGCUGACCAACACCCUGAGGACCUUCAAGGUUGUGUUCGACGGAGUGAACGCCUACGUCUGGGUGCAUCCUCUGUACCAGAGCAAGACGUGCGGUCUUUGCGGCAACUACGACAACGAACCAGCCUUUGAGUUCUUCACACCCACCAACGAGCUGGUGUCCAACUACAGCGAGUUCGUGGCCAGCUACGGCUUUGGCGGCGCCCAGUGCCACGAGGUCGUGCCUUCUGUCCUGAGCACCCUGAGCCAGCUGCAGGUGCUCAAGGGAGCGUUCCUCGCCACCUGGGCCGCCCGCCCUGCGCACCUUGGUCGCUCCUGGUUCAACGUCAUGGGCCACCACCAACACCACCACCACGAGCUGCCAGAGGAAAACAGUGACGAAGUCAAAGACGGAGUCCUGCCCUGGUUCCACCCAGAACACCUGCUGCCUCACCACAAGUACCCACAGCACCACAAGACUACGCCGUACCCUUACGCCACACCGUUCACCCCGCGUUACCACCAUCACUCUACGCAGUACCACUACGCUACCCCGUUCACCCCACGCCACUACGAGCAUUCUAAGCACCACCACUACGCUACUCCAGAAUAUUACGAGUCUGAGGAGUACCGUCGCGCAACUCCCUUCACUCCUCGUCACUACGGUUCCACGAAGUACAACUACGCCGCCACCCCUUUUACCCCUCGUCACUACGAAUCCGAAGAGGAACUCCGUGCCACCCCCUUUACUCCGCGCUACCACCACUACAAAGCAACUCCCUUCACUCCACGAUACCACCACCAGGCGAAGAAAUUCACUCCCCUUUACUACGAAUCUGAAGAGGACCUCCGUGCCACUCCCUUUACUCCCCGCUAUCACCACUACAAAGCUACGCCUUUCACUCCCCGUUACCACCACGCCACUCCUUUCACUCCUCGUCAUUACGAAUCCGAAGAGGAGCUCGGUGCGACUCCCUUCACUCCCCGCUACCACCACUACAGAGCUACGCCUUUCACUCCCCGUUACCACCACGCAACUCCUUUCACUCCUCGUCACUACGAAUCCGAAGAGGAGCUCGGUGCGACUCCCUUUACUCCUCGCUACCACCACUACAAAGCUACGCCUUUCACUCCCCGGUACCACCACGCCACUCCCUUUACUCCUCGUCACUACGAAUCCGAAGAGGAACUCGGUGCAACUCCAUUCACUCCCCGCUACCACCACUACAAAGCUACGCCUUUCACUCCCCGUUACCACCGCGCCACUCCCUUCACUCCACGUCACUAUGAAUCCGACGAGGAGCUUGGUGCCACUCCCUUCACUCCCCGCUACCACCACUCUACACCGUACCCGUACGCUACCCCGUUCACUCCUCGCCACCACCACUCCAAGCAGCACCACUACGCCACGCCUUUCACUCCUCGUUACCCCAGUGAGGACCUCCAGCGCUCCGAAAUUUCGGAGGAGUUGAAGUCGGGUCAGAUGAUGAAGCAAUACUACGAGGAUACUGAAGAGAGCAAGUGCUUCCAGGAACGCACCAUCAUGCGCGACCACGAGGGCAUGAUCUGCUACAGCCAGGUGCCCGUGCCGUCCUGCAAGCCCGGCUGCAAGAAGGGAAAGGGAAGCGUCCAGCUGAGUGUGCCAUUUGUUUGCUUGGACCGCAGCAGUUCCAUGGCCAAGGAGCUGACCAAGAAGGUCCGCAAGCUUGGCAACGUGGGCAAGCUGCCCAUCGAUCUGGAGACCACGCCCCACGUCGAGCAAGUCCGCGUUCCCGAGAAGUGCGUCCCAUACGAGAAGUAGUCGAUUAGGCAAUAACCAAGUCAACCGCCACCACGCGUAUAUACGCGCGCUGAGGCGACGGCCGACAUUUUACGCAAUAAAGUACGUUUCACAGUGUUA